AUGGCUCUCAAGAGUCGCAUUUCGUCGCCUCUGGAGGCCGGCACCUCUAUCCUCGACGUACAGAACCUGCCGCCCCAUCUCCACGAAGCCUUGGAGUAUGCCUCCAAGCGCCUCGCCAGGAAGUCCAUCCACGUCACCCUUGUCGUCGCCCGGCGCGAGUACCAACUUCCCACCCUGCUCCCUUCGUCCUCGCCGUCUUCAGUCCUCUCCUCGCCAACAAUGUCGCCACCCGGCUCGGCCUCGAGUAACUCAUCCUUCUCCGCCUCCCGCUUCAACUUCAAGAAGCUCGUCAGGUCAAACACGGGCUCCAGCGUCUCCUCAAAGUGCUCCGUCUCCUCCGCCGGCAGCGUCGCCUCCAGCUCCGGCCCCGAGACCUUGGUCUUCACGCCCUCCUUCCUCAUGGACACCAACGGCCCGAGGCUGCGCUGGCCCCUGUCGCCGGGCAUCCCCCUCUCGCCGCCGCCAAUGACGCCCAGCACCGCUUGCUCCACCAUCACCGACGCCUCGGGCCCCAUGUUGCCCAACCCCUUUGGCAUCCGCCUCAUCCACGCCGACCUGCUCACCGACAAACAGGAGAGGACGCUGCGGCAGACCAUUGAGCGCGCCGAGAAGAAGUUCCGCAUCGGAACCGAAUGGCUCCCGCCCGUCGUGGACGGUUCCGCAUGCGGCCUGACGAGCAACCUCAUCCGCCGCUCCAUCGUGCAAAAUGAGGUUCUCUUCGCCUCCGAGGGCCUUACUCUCGUCUCCCUGGACCGCCUGUACACCUUCAAGGCCGCCCUCUCCAGUUACUCCCGCACCGACGCGCCCCUGAGGCUCGAGGACGCCGUCGACGAGCUCCGCAGACUCGUUCUCUCGCGCGCCGGCCGCAAGGUCCUCAAGUCCGACCUGCUCCGCUCCUACGACUGGCUCAGCAUCACCGACGUCGCCCUGAACGACGUCGACAAGAUGUACCGCAGGGCCUACGGCGGGCCCGACCGCAUCGGUGCCAUCGAGGGCGUCGGCUCCGCGGCGCAGGUGGAGCGGACCGUCAGGGAGCUCGAGAGGGAGCUUGAUGACACCAUGGCCGCCGCCAUGGAUACCAUCCGCAUCGCCAAGCCGCCCUCGCCAAAGGGCCCCGUGCUGAAGCUGCAGACCAACUUUGAUACGAAGCCGCAGUCACCGCCACGGGAGGUCAAGGGAGAGGAAGAGGUUUCCGAGGAGGAGGACCUCACCGCCCGGCCGGAGCGUCAGCCGCCCGUGUCCGUCUGGAGCCCCGUCUCCAUCGCCGAGGUUCUGCACGACGACAGGCAGCAGGCGGGCCCGAUGACGCCCAACGGGUACGACGACAUCUCGCCCAUCACCAGGGGUGAGUGGGGGUUCCUCAUGGGACCUAGCGGGGUUGGAAGCGGCCGCACCGCGCCAGUCAUGACUUGCUAA